AUGGUAAGGGGUGGGAUGUUUCGCUUAUUGAUGAAAAGGGUUCUGCGGUCCUUGUCGACUGUGUUCGCUGCGGGGACUGAUCAAGAGAUCGAUCAUGUGUUUCUUGGGUGUCCGUUUGCUGCUUUGGUCUGGUCUUUGGUGGCCGUCACGCUUUGGAGCCUUUGGUAUUUUCGUAACUCUGCUGUCUGGAAAGCUUCUUUUGUGCCUUCGCAACAGGUUGUUUCUUUUGCUGCCCGUUUCAUGCAGGAUUGGGCAGCCUCGAGGAGCGCCUAUGGCCGGCUCAAAGGGUUGUCUUUGGCUACUUUUUCAGCUGCUACCGUUUGGUCUCCGCCGCCGGCUGGCUUGGUUGAAUGUAACGUUGAUGCCGCCAUCGAUCACACUGCUCGGGUCUCUACCUUUGCUGCGAUGGUUCGUAAUGAAUAUGGUGAUUUUGUCAAAGCAGUCUAA